AUGCCUGAAAUCGCCCAAGACCCAGGAUCCGCUUCAUCAACGCCUCAACAUGCACCUACCUUCUACACCCUCGACUCCCCGGUUCUGACCACACUGUAUGCCUGGCCUCAGCUGGAACCUUCACGAUAUGCAUUGUUUAAAUCUUGGUGCCUUGACGCCCCCAUGCGACGGGACAUCCUUCACCGCGCAGUCAUCUACGAAGCGGACGCAACGAGACAAGGUACUGCCAGCACCAAAUGGCGGUUCGAAGUCCAUGGCAGCAACCGCAAGUUAUACCAACAGAAAGGCACCGGCAGGGCUCGUGUACGCGAUAAGAAGUCACCUAUUAGAAGAGGGGGAGGUGUCGCCUUUGGACCAAAACCCAGAGACUUCUCUACCGAGCUGCAGAGGAAGGUCUAUGCUCAAGCGUUCAAGAUCGCCUUGAGCUACCGGUACAGAAAAGGGGAAUUAAUCAUUCUCGACAACAAGAUUCGAUUACCGGAAAACACGGGCGCAAGAUUCCUGAACAAUGUGUUCGAAGCGAAUCGUUGGGGUAAAGGGAAUGGCAGAAGUCUGCUUGUCACCAGCACUUUGGAAGCAGGGGAUCCAGAGAUCUUCAAGGAAAUGCGCGAAAUUGGCGAACACGGAUCUCUCAAAGACAUUAAAGAUGUUGAUGUGAAAGAUCUCCUCGAGACGGGACGGGUGGUCAUUGAACAAUCGGCGCUCCUGAAUUUGUUGACAAAACAUCUCGAUGAGCCGGGUCCGGUUAUGAAGUACUUAUAG